AUGUUAUCAACAAGUUCUACUGUAAGGAAUGAGAAGAGGAAUAAAUGUAUGGUACCAACAUGCGACAACGUAUAUUACAGGCCUGUUCAACAGGGUUUAAAUAAACAUUUUUUUCGAAUUCCUGAUAAGAAAAGACAACAAUGGAUCAACAUUCUAGGAAUUGUAUCAACCCAUCGUGAAUUGCGCGUAUGUGAAGACCAUUUUACUUACGAUGACUUUACAAGUACUUUGCGAAAUAGACUUCAUAAAUACGCAAUGCCUUCUGUACCGGAUCAAGUGGUUAGUAAUAUUGUGGAAGUUGUCACCUCGGAGCAAUCAAUUCCAAAUGAAUUUAGUAAAAAUUCUGAUGAAGAAAGUCUGCAAAUAGAUCAAACUUCUGAGAAAAUACCUUAUACUAUUGAUGUUAAUGGUACAGCAACCUCUCCGUCCAAGAACAAAUCCUUUGCUGAAUUAUCAAAAGAGAAUAAUUUGCAGAGAAAAACAAUAAGUGAAGAAAGUAAUAAGAAAGUUAGCUGUGAAAAUAAAGUGUAUGUGUACAAGUUGCCAAGUGGUCGAAAAGUUAUGUACUAUCAUUUACCAAUUUUGGACAAUUUAAAUAAAGGAUUAAAUUAG